ACAAUUAGACAAAUUUUCCCCGUUUCCCGCUGAAUUGGUUUGAUUCACAAUUCACAUCUUGAAACCCUUACAUGCAUAAGUAACUAGUAAUUACUUCAUUUAAAACGAAAGUUAUUUCUCCGUAAAUACAAAAGUAACCUUUGAAAAUGGGUCGAAAGUUCGUGGUCGGUGGCAACUGGAAGAUGAACGGUGAUAAGAAUCAAAUCAAUGAAAUUAUUAACAAUCUGAAGAAGGGACCCCUUGACCCUAAUGUUGAGGUUGUAAUCGGAGUCCCAGCUAUCUACCUUGCUUAUGUGAAGAGCAUAGUUCCAGACAAUAUUGCUGUUUCUGCCCAGAACUGCUGGAAGGUGGCCAAGGGUGCUUUCACAGGUGAAAUCUCUCCCGCCAUGAUUAAGGAUGUUGGUGUAGACUGGGUCAUCCUUGGCCACUCUGAGAGAAGAACUAUUUUUGGAGAAAAAGAUGACCUGGUCGCUGACAAGGUAAAGCAUGCUUUGGAAUCCGGUUUGAAAGUGAUUGCCUGCAUUGGUGAAACUUUAGAGGAGCGAGAAGCUGGCAAGACUGAGGAGGUGGUAUUCAGACAGACCCAGGCCCUCGUGCCUGCAAUUGGCAGUAACUGGGGCAAUGUUGUGCUUGCCUAUGAACCUGUUUGGGCUAUAGGUACUGGCAAAACAGCUAGUCCUCAGCAGGCACAAGAUGUUCACGCAUCUCUUCGUAACUGGCUAUCUACUAACGUUUCUCCCGACGUAGCCGGCGCCGUUCGCAUCCAAUACGGCGGCUCUGUAACUGCUGCUAACGCCAAGGAACUCGCUGGCUGCCCCGACAUCGAUGGAUUCCUCGUUGGUGGCGCUAGUCUCAAGCAAGAGUUUGUGGAUAUUGUCAAUGCUACCAAAUAAAUUCUACACUCAAACAUUCACAUAUUAAGCUUACAGCCUGGUGUCUUCACUUGGUUAGAUAAAUAGAAUAUAUAUAUAUAUAUAUAUAUAU